GACAUCAUGGAGACAAAUCACUGUGUUUUCCACGUGUUUCUCUGCAUUUCUCUGAUCUUGACGCACUGGCACAAGGGGUCAGCUUGUCAUACAGGCUCUCAGGUAGAAUGUGAUAAAGCCCCAUUUGUGCCUGGUUACAACUUGGCGGGUGAAGGAUUUGAUGUUGUCAGGAUGCGCCGUAAAGGUGCUUUUUUGAUCAAUGUCAAGUCACACAUGGAUAAUGGCAAUUGUACUGUCUGCAAGAACCGCUUUCAGGGAGGGCAGAUGCAGAAACUUCCUUCAGCUGUGCUGGACUGGCGUCCCUUCAGCCGCUGCAGCAAACAGCUUUCUAGUGCUCUUCAUCAUUCUGUCGACUCCCUAAUGAAGAGUUCAACGUCACUCAUCAAUAACAACUGGGAAAUGGACCUUAGCCUGGAUAACAUAGGAAAGGCAAUUUUUGGAGGGAGCCGUUCAGAUAUUGCUAAAUUUGCCCAAUCUCAGAAUGCAAUGGAUAAGGCAACAUUUGCCCUCCAUGAGCUCAGCUGCACAUAUUACAGUUACAGAGUUACAGACCACCCAGAGCUCAGCAAUGAAUUCUCAAAACACCUUCAGCGACUUCCGACACAAUAUGAUGAGGAAACAAAACCCCUGUACCGAAGAACUAUAGAUACUUACGGCACUCACUACAUACAUCAAGUCCAUCUGGGAGGGCGAGUGAGGCGGGCCACAGCUUUUCGAACUUGUCUUGCAACACUGAAGGGUUUCUCAGAGACUGAUAUCAAGAACUGUCUGAAUAUUGAGUUAAAGAUGACUUUGGGUUUCCUUCCAGCUAAUGCCUCACUUUCCAACAAAUGCUCUCAAAUCCUUAAAGAUAACUUGAGCAUGGGAUUCUACCAGGGCUUCAUGACACACAAGAUAGAAGUGUUGGGAGGUGAAAAAUACUUUCCAGACCUAGUUUUAAACAAAAGCCCAGCUGAAUCCUACUCAAACUGGAUGAUGAGCUUGCAUGACAAUCCUGAAGUCAUAUCAUAUGCAAUUUUCCCUCUUCAUCACCUGGUGGCUGAUCCUGAGAUUAGUGUCAAUCUAAAAAGAGCAGUAACUGCGUAUAUUGAAGAAAACAUGCUUUCUGUAAAUCACAAAGAGGAUCAAGGAUGCUCACAAACACCAAAUCUGGACCACAAUUGCUGUCCUAUGCGAGCCGGCCGUGGCAAGUUAGAAGUGUUUGUACAGAGAGCCACAGGCCUGAAAGCAGAUCUCUUCACACGUACUGACGGUUACGUGAAAGUUUGGUACAACCUCAUGUAUGAGGAGACUGAGGUGGUUAUGGACAAUAAUGAUCCUGAAUGGAACAUCAGCUAUGAUUUUGGAUCAGUUGAGUUUGGUCAUGAACUCAUAUUUGAGGUUUGGGACAUUGAUGUCAUUUAUAAUGACAUGGUGGGGAGAUGCGUGGUCAGCCCUGAACGUGGAACUCAUUCACACAGUUGUAAAUUAAAGAGAGGCAUCCUGUAUUUCACCUACAAUGCAUUUUGUGAUGCUCAUCUAACAGGACCCAGGUGUAGCAGAUAUUCACCAAAAACAUAAGACCUUGUAUUUGUAUGGAAAAAUGACACAAAAAGAAAAUGAAGCAUAUUUAGAAUGAAGAAUAUUUAUGCAUAUUGCUUUUAAGAUAGUUGUAUAGACGUAUAAAAAAAAAUAUAUUUUUUUUAAAUUAAUAUACAAGUAGUGUAUAUAAGGGUAUAUAAGUAGUGUGUUCAAAUGAAACUUCACAUUUUGAUAUCUCUGGUGGAAAAAGAUGACUACAGAGGUUUUAGCUGUUGGUGUUUUUUUUUCAAGACUAAUAGAUUACUACUGCACUUGCUCUACUACAGAAAUUAGUUUUGCUUUCAAUGGUCUGAUUCCUGUGUGUGUUUGUAGUUUACUGGUUCAUUAAAGACAGUGCACAAUGACUUUUCAAUACGUAAGACAAGAAAUGAUGUGCUGUGUUUAUCACGCCAAAGUCACUGGUUCAUUUCCCACGGAGCACACAGUUAUUAAAUAAAAUAUAUUUAUAUAAUAAAUUUAAAAAAAAACAACCAAAUAAAAAAAAAGUCAGAAAUGCAAAUAGAAAAUGGUCUUUCAUUUUGUUUAAUUUUUUUUUCCCCAGACCAAAAGCAAGACUAAGUACAUCAUAGAGGCCCCACAAUAUUCUCCAAACAGGUAUCCCAAAGAAAACAGAGGUUAGACACAAAUAGUUGCAAAUCCUUGAAGAUAACAUGAGUAUGGGCUUCUACCAGGGCUUCAUGACACACAAGUUUCUGAGAGGUGAGAAAUACUUUCCAGACCUCAUUUAAACCAAAGCCCAGCUCAAACUGGAUGAUGAGCUUACAUAUCAAUCCUGAUGUUAUAUGCAUGUUCACCACUUCAUCAUCUGGAGGAUGAUCCUGAGUUUAGAUAGAAACUAGAAAAAAUAAAACAUUCUACCAUAACAGACAAUGCACAAAUAGAUAGGACAUAAAUUGCAAAAUAGAGGAU